AUGGAAGUGGAAAUACUCUUCAUAGAUUUUGAACAAGCGUUUGAUUCGAUAAAAAGAAGUAAGCUCAUGUCGGCACUAAAAGAACUGGGAAUACACCCCAAACUAAGAAAACUAAUACAGUGUACAAUGAAGAAAACAACAGUCACAGUAAGGACACAAGUGGGGAACACAGAAGAAUUUGAAAUAAAUCAGGGUGUAAGACAGGGGGAUGCUUUAUCAACGACGCUGUUCAAUUUGGCACUGGAAUAUGUGAUGCGUAAAAUAGACAAGAGAACAAUAAAAACUAGAAGCGGACAAAUAGUAGCAUAUGCAGACGACAUAGCAUUUAUCACAAGAAGUCGAAACACAAUGGAAGAAAUGCUAAAGGAAAUAGUACUAGAAGGUAAAAGAGCAGUACUAGAGCAGUAA